AUAUUAUGAAGAUGAGCCAUUGCAAUAAACCACGCGGUCAAGCUACCCGACUCCCGGAAUUGAAUGAUCAAGCUAGCCGCGCCUGAAUCUGUGCGCCUGCUACUCCAUGAAUGGCGAAAUGGACACAUCAAAUAGGCUAGACUAGUCGAGUUGACAAUCUUUGUGGAUUAUUGAAGACCAAGGCCCAUACUACCGUUAUACUGAGUAUAAAGCAUUGUCAAUAUGGCAUUCCAAUGACACCAAAACGUCAUUCAAAUAUAUCCUCCAGAUCCAAUGAGUUCCGUCUGAUAUCAGAUCGGUAAAUGUAGUGUAGUGGCGCAUACCAAUUCGGACGCGGAUAGCUUGACCGUGGCUUUCCGAGAGUCGCAUAGCUUGAAUGCAGUACAUGGACUGUACCAACAAGAGAAGAAUACACUCACAAACAUGUUUUUCAAAGACCCGCCUUUUCCUAAAUGUUUUACAUAUAUUGUUACUAUUGUCUCGGGGUUUGAUUAUGAUAGGCUUUAGUCUACUAAAAUGUAGCCAUUUAUUUUUUCGCAUAGUGUAUAUCCCCCACACCUCUCUGCUCGUGACACUGAAAACUCACCCCUCCUCUUCUCUGGUGAAAGCAAGGACCAGAGUCUAUGCUGAAGCCUUCACUGAGCCUAUUUGGCCAGCAGCAGCCACUGUUCCAGCCAAUGCCUCCUACACAUACCCUUGGACCCCCUCCACAGACCCUCGGACCCCCUCCACAGACCCUCGGACCCCCUCCACAGACCCUCGGACCCCCUCCACAGACCCUUGGACCCCCUCCACAGACCCUCGGACCCCCUCCACCAGUAGUAGUGACCCCAGAUCCCCACCGUUUCCCCCUCUCCAGUCCUCUGUCUGCCAAACCUCCCACUCACCUCCAGCUGGUGCAGGGGCCCCCUUGCCCUGUCCCACCCCCCACUGCCCAGGUGACCCUCAACAGCAGGCCCCAGGAGAAAGAUGCUCAGAUCGGGGCCACAGACCAGGACGCUACCUUGGAGGAGCUGUGUAAGCCUCUGUACUGCAAACUGUGCAACGUCACCCUCAACUCUGCUCAGCAGGCACAGGCCCACUACCAGGGAAAAAACCACAGUAAGAAGCUGAGAAAUUUCUAUGCAGGCAGCCAGCAGCCACCUGCCAUCAGGAUUCCGGAGGUAAUAGAGCCACUUUCCCAGCAGCUCCUCAUGACUCCACCAACUGACAGUGCAACUCCCAAACAGCCGGUGUCAUUCAUGGGUGCCAGCAGGGUGAUCUUAGCCACGGAGAACGACUACUGCAAGCUGUGUGAUGCCUCGUUCAGUUCCCCUGCCGUGGCUCAGGCACACUACCAGGGCAAGAACCAUGCCAAGAGACUGCGGCUGGCUGAGGCCCAGCAAAGCAGUAGCAUCCUAGAGUCGACUGAGUGUGUCCAGAGGCGUCCGAGGAAAGAGGGGAGCGAGUACAGGUUUAUCAAGAACCGUAGGACCCCACAGGUGCCUAUUGCCGUGCCAGGCCCCUACUACAACCCACGGCCCAGGCAGAGGAUCCCCAGGGACCUGGCCAUGUGUGUGACGCCCAGCGGCCAGUUCUACUGCUCCAUGUGCAAUUCUGGGGCCAGCGAGGAGGCCGACUUCCGCCUUCACCUGGAGAGCAAACAGCACAAGAGCAAGGUGUCGGAGCAGCGCUACCGCAGCGAGAUGGAGAAUCUGGGCUACACUUAGGAGGGCAGUGCCGCAGCACAGGGGAGGAGAGGGGAUGGAGGGGGAGGGAGGGGGAGACAACGACUAUCUUCAUCAUGCACUGUACGCUAGAGGCCAGUAGAAUGGGUAGAGACUAUGUUCUGCAGCAAACUAAAAUGUGUGGAAGAGGAGGGUACAUUUAUGUAAUUUAUAUACAUAAAACACUCUUCCACUCUUUUCCUUAAUGUGUAUAAGUUAUUGAUCUUCUGUUCCUGUUUUAGUUUGUUAAUGUAGUGUACAUAUUUGAAUGACAUUUCUAGAAAUCUUUUAAGGUGUGCACAGAAUGUCCACCUGCUGGUACACUUGUGGAUGUUUCACUCUUGCUGGAUUCUGUUUGCCUGUACUGACCCAAGCCUGUGUGUGAUUACCAUGCAUUUUGCAUCUCAGAUGAAACCAGGGAUUUGUCCAUAUUUCACGCUGAAUUUGACCCAUAGUAGGCCUACAUGAAGAACCCACCAUGCUGUGGGGUAUAUUGGUGAAGAUUUGAUCUCACAAUCGGUUUUCUUUCCCCCGGUUUAAACCUUGUUAUGACUAGGGCCAGGGACAAUACCAGUAUUGCGAUACUUGUUAAUAGCUUGGCAAGGAAACAAAAAAUGAAGUGGGUUAAACUUCUUUAGGAAAACAACCCUAAUGUUGGAAACAAACAUCAUUAUGUUGUCAACCAGAGUCACAUUUAUUUAUUUCCAAGCUAUAGCACAUAUUUUAUUUACGGCAGGUUUUUAAAUGACCAAAGAGUUUGGUCUGCUUUGUGUUUUCAUGUUUGCCACUAAAAAAAUAUUGCUAUACUGGUAUUGUCACAGCCCUAGUUAUUACCUGAGUUUCAGUAGCUGGACAUCUCUACACUACAGUAUAUGGACAUCCCUUCAAAUUAGUGGAUUCUGCUAUUUCAGCCACACCCAUUGCUGACAGGUGUAUAAAAUCAAGCACACUGCAAUCUCCAUAGAAAAACAUUGACAGUAGAAUGCCCUUACUGAAGAACUCAGUGACUUCAUAGGAUGCCACCUUUCCAACAAGUCAGUUCGUCAAGUUUCUGCCCUGCUUGAGCUGCCCCGGUCAUCUGCAAGUGCUGUUAUUGUGAAGUGGAAACGUCUAGGAGCCACAAAAACUCAACCGUGAAGUGGUAGGUCACACAAGCUCACAGAACGGUACCGGAAAGUGCUGAGGCGCGUAGCUCGUAAAAUCGUCUGUCCUUGGUUGCAACACACGAUGAAGUUUCAAACUGCAAUGUGAGAACAAUAACUGUUUGUCGAGAGCUUCAUGAAAUUGGUUUCCAUGGCCGAUCACCUGCACACAAGCCUAAGAUCAUCAUGCGCAAUGCCAAGUGUCAGCUGGAGUGGUGUAAAGCUCGCCUCCAUUGGACUUUGGAGCAGUGAAAACACUUUCUCUGGAGUGAUUAAUCACGCUUCACCAUCUGGCAGUCCGACGGACGAAUCUGGGUUUGGCAGAUGCCAAUGCAUGGUGCCAACUGUGAAGUUUGGUGGGAGGAGGAAAUAUGGUCUGGAGCUGUUUAUCAUGGUUCAGGCUAGUCCCCUUAGUUCUAGGGAAGGGAAAUCUUAACGCUACAGCAUAGUAUGAUGUUAGAGACGAUUCUGUGCUUCCAACUUUGUGGCAAUAGUUUGGGGAAGGCCCUUUUCUGUUUCAGCAUGACAAUGCCCCUGUGCACAAAGCAAGGUCCAUACAGAAAUGGUUUGUCGAGAUCAAUGUGGAAGAACUUGACUGGCCUCCACAGAGCCCUGACCUCAAUUCCAUUGAACACCUUUGGGAUGAAUUGGAACACCGACUGCGAGCCAGGCCUAAUCGUCCAACAUAUUGAUGCCCAUGAUUUUGGAAUGAGAUGUUCGACGAGCAGGUGUCCACAUACUAUUGGUCAUGUAGUGCAUUUGUAGUUGAGGAAAGAAAAUGUAUAUACCAGACUUCUACCAGACCAGGAGGCAGUUUUCCAAAAACAUCUUGUUGUCAAUAGUUUCUAGAGAACUACAGGGAUGUGACUACAGUAGGAUCCUAUGGUUCAAACAAUGAACUUAGCCUUAAGAUGCUUUUGGGAAACAGGGUCCAGGUGAAUGUACUGUGAUUGCGGUGACAAUUAUUUCCCCCAGCAGGCUUUGCACAAACAAACAAUGUAUACUUUUUAUUUAUUUACUAAAUCUGACUGACUGUUCUCUUUCCUUAUGCAUGUUUACAUGGGUUUGGUACGAUUCCAAGCAUCCUGAACAUCCCAGUAAACUCAGCCUUUUGUCCUGGUCCCUUAUUAUUUUUGGAUGCUAUAAAAGCCAGCUGCUGUAAGCUCCUGACUUCCCUAUGGGAGGUCUGCUCUCCGAAAGCAGAGUACCUCAGGAGAAUACAGAGCAGGACUAUUUUUAAUUGGGUGUUCUUAGGGUUAUUUCCACAAGGCCUCUAUUCUGUCUCAUUUAGAGCAAAGGGAGUUUAGGAUUUUAUACAAGCCCAAUUUGUUCAGAUGAGAACCACAACCAAAGCUUGAGUUCAUAUUCCUAUAUAUCUGCCCCUUAAAGGGGCAAUCAGCAGUUGCUACAUCAAUCUUUGGACUUACAAAUAAUUGUAUGUACCCAUUGAUUCUUGAAGAAUAUAACUUAGCUUCAUGAGCUUAAUUUAGCUUUCGUACUCCAUCACAAUCCAACAUAUAAGCUUGUUUUACUCCAAUGUUUGUAAACAAUGUAAAUGUUAACAAACACUUUUUAGCCUAAAAACAUUGUUGAAACUAUCAUUUACAUCCAUGAAUUUGAGAGAGAUUACAUUUUUUUAGCACCAUUCCUCAGUGUUUUUACAUUUACAUUUACAUUUAAGUCAUUUAGCAGACGCUCUUAUCCAGAGCGACUUACAAAUUGCCGAAACAGUGGCCCGGAAAACACUUUGUUAUUGUUUCAACUGCUGAUUGGCACAUUAACAAAUAAAUCGAGGCAUUCAUCAUUGGGUUACACUGGGCCUCUGAUGAUUUGCUUUUCUGUAUCAUAAAUUCCCUUGUAAACUAUUUUAAUAUAGCCUUUUUUGUUGCUCUUGACCAUAGUUUCUUUGUUUUAAUUUAAGAAGUGUAUUUUUAUCAUUAUUAUAUAUAUUUUUUAAAUUGUUUAUAUGAUUUAUAUCGUUUUCUAUUUAUGAGUGUUUGUUUUUCCAGACAAUUAGCUGUAUAAAAAAAUCUACUGUUAUCUAAUGUAGUUGAGCUUCAUGUGCAACAUCACUUUAUUUGUACACAAAUUAUUAUGUUAUAAUAUUUCACUGUAUAAAUUAUGUUUGUGAAAUUUACAUUUGUGCAUGAUAUUAUUAGAAUAUACAUAUAUUUAAUUAUUCAGAAUAUCCUACUAGUGGGAGUGUAGGAACUAGGCCAAUUUUCCAGAGAUAGAGACGGGACCAUUAUAUUGGACACAAAGUACUGAAUGGGAAUGAGUUACAUUAGUAUUGCACUUGUUGUUAUAGAGGAGAUGGUGGAGUUUUAUACUGAUUUGCUUUGAUUCAUGUUAUUUGUUGAAGUUCUAUUGAUGCGUCUCGAUCUGAUUCAUACCAAAUGUUUACAGAGAGUGGUCUAAAGGGAAGUCAAUCACAUUUAAUGUUGGAUCCAUCCAGGGCCAGGUCUAGGGGCCCUAAGCGUGAUUUGGUUGGGGGCCCCCCUACCUCAUGCCUGCACAUUUUAGUGGCCCUCCUCUUGAGGGUGGAGAAAAUAAGUUUUAAAGUUAAUUUCCUGCUAUUCUACACAUUUUGCCAUGGGGUGUAGAGAUAAUGUUGCAGUUUUAAAGCAAGUUUACUGCAAUUCUACUCAUUUUGCCAUGGGGUGGAGAGAAUGUUUAGCUGUUUUAAAGCUAAUUUCUUGCAAUUCUACACAUUUUGCCAUGACUUGUGCCAUGUUAAUAUAUCUGAGUGAUAAUGACUAACAAAAUCAAUGGGGGCCCCUUGGAGUUCAGGGCCCCUGGGCACGUACCCUGCAUCCCAGUCGGUAUUAGGCCAUGAUUACUACAAGUUUAGAUAGCUGGCUAGACUAACUACCAAUCUAAAAACUGUCAGCUAACUAACUACCAAUCUAAAAACUGUCAGCUAACAUGUCUAAUUGAGUGACUGACAUAAACAAGAGAAAAAUGUCUGAUGCACAAUCACAUUUCUAAAUUGCACCUGAUUCUACUAUUCUUACUCUUCAAAUCAAAUUUCACAUGCGUCGUAAACAACAGUGAAAUGCUUACUUACGGGUCCUUUUCCAACAAUGCAGAGUAAUCUUCCAGUCAUCUUAAAUCCACUUUUUUCAAAUGCUGCUUUAAUACAUAUUCAGUGCCUCUGAACAUGACUUUUGUGAUGGACUGCAGCCAGGGCUGUGUUUUUCUUGGGAGUUCAAACCAAUGUAAUUAAAUGGGCUGCAUUGACCAUGUUACACAUGAAGUGAUCUACUUCAUCUGGUUCAUCGCUCAAUUUAACCACCCAGAGCAAGGAAGCUUUUUCUAUUUGGAACGAGCACAGCAGCUGAAUUAACCACUUUCAUAAUGAUACCUUUGAAGUCAUAAUAUUAUGCUAGUUUACAAUGAUGUAACAUACCACUUAAAAUGGGAGUGUGUAUCUCCCAAAACUUCAAGGAACUUCCUCAGAGUGUAUAUUGUGGGUCUGAGUGCAAUUCAUUAGUCUAAUGUGAGUAGUCAUAUCUCAUUCAAUGCCCUAUUUCUGUUAUAGUAAGCGGAGUUGUGUUUGACUGCUGCUACACAUCCAUCCAUACUAGGCUGUGCAGGCUGUGUUGGCUGUGCUAGUAGCUGUAGCUGUGCAGGCUCUGCUCUGUCCUCUGUGGCGUGAGUCAGGAGCCAUUCCUUGCUGGGCGUAGUGUAGUGCUGCAGCAGCACAUCUGUUUGCCGCUCUAUCAGGAAGUGGUGACCCGGCAUGGGAACUUACCCCAGGGAGAUCCACACAGGCACAACAAACACUCUCCAAAUGGAGCUCUGUGUAUUCAGGCCAUUAUGGAUAUCCUCCUCUCCUCAGCUACGUAUGGCUGGCUCUGAGUUUUAUCUCUUUAUCUGCUGCUCAGAAAUAUCACCUCUCUAAGAUAGAUGGUUUUUAUAAAUGUCAGAGAUAGUAAACUAUAUCUAGGGAUAAGGGAAUAAAAUAAGUGUUAGCUGCAGUGCCUUUCUAAUGCCACACAAUUUCAUAUCAUGGCUGCCUUGGGCGCAAACAUGAUUCUUCAGAACAAUCAACUUAAUUUCCAUUGGAGGAAGAAUUAUCGUUGCUGGUGCAAUAUGAACAAUAUGUGAUCCUAAGGCACCAAUUCAUAACAUUUGGAUUGACUUCCCUUUAGAGAAAAUAAUUGUAUAACGCAUUGAAUGUAUGUAUAUUUGAAGAAUAACAGAAUGAAAACAGUUGUUUUAGAAACUAUUGGAACACUUAUUUUAGUCACUGUACAAUAUUGGCUAACUAUUUAAUAAAAAAUGUUAUACUUGUUA